UAUGUCAGUGUGAAUUAGACACCACACCACGCAAAGCACUCAAAAAUUUCUCCUUGUUUUGGUCCGUCUCUCCCCGUCUCCUUCGCCCCGCCGCCGCCGAGCAGCGGCGCCGGCGUCCUCCUCCUGCUGCUGCUGCUGCUGCUGCUGCUUUUGCUUGCUUCCGCCGGGUACUCUCCUCUUGACUCCUUGCGCCCCAAGUCAAUCCCCCGCAGCACACCCCUCGGCCUCGACUCCCUGAGGUCUCCUCGCCGCCUGCCUGCGCCGAUCUCCACCCCAUCCCGCGAGGGGAGCAGCGGCGGGUGCCGUCGUCCUGCUGCGCUGCUCCGGUUGAACUAUACUAUUCAAGCUGUUCUCCAACUGCUGAUGGAUUGCCUGUUGGAUAGAGAGUGUAAAGGGCAUUGAGUCAGUUGCAUAUAGAUGGAAAAACUGGCUCUGGAUAAUAUAUUUUGCUUAGUUGUUAUACAUUAGCCUAGAGAGCCUGAUGGAGCCUAGAAAAGAUGAUAUGCGUUCUGCAGCCCAAGGUACCAUCCAUGGAUCCUCGAGCUCAGCACCUACCAUUUCUCCAGUACCAGACUACCCUAUUCCAGGCUCUGUCAAGCCUGUCCUUAAUUAUUCAAUCCAGACAGGGGAGGAGUUUGCUCUUGAAUUCAUGAGAGAUCGAGCUAUACCUAAGAAGCAUCUGGUUCCUGGUAUUUCUCAUGAUCAAAAUGUUGCAUCUUCUGUUGGUCUCAAAGAUCCUAGAGGAAUCCUUGGUGCUCACCGGACAGGUGCAGAAAAUAGAUUUGAUGGAGCAAUAUUUUUGACUACUGAUAUCCCGCAAACUGAGGGAAUUGAAAGAAAAUCUUUUGCUGAAAAUGAAAAUAGAAGCAGGCAUGUGUCAACUACCUCAGUUCCACGAAUCCCAUCUCGCAGUGGAAGUAGUCAGAGACUGUCCCAUAGCUAUGCUUCUUCUGAGUCUUCAGAUUCCUCCAGAAAGAUAAAAAUUCUUUGUAGCUUUGGAGGGAAAAUAUUACCCCGACCAAGUGACGGAAAGCUUAGGUAUGUUGGUGGUGAGACACAUAUUAUUCGAAUCAAUAGGAAUAUUUCCUGGCAGGAGCUCAAGCACAAGACAACAGCCAUCUAUAAUCAACCCCAUGUUAUCAAGUAUCAACUACCAGGUGAAGAUCUUGAUGCCUUGAUCUCAGUCUCAAACGAUGAAGAUUUGAGAAACAUGAUGGAGGAAUGUGGUUUUCUUGAUAAUGGGGAGGGGUCCCAGAAGCUUAGGAUCUUCCUCGUUUCUUCCAUUGAUUUCGAUGACAUGAGUUUCAGCCUGGGCAGUAUGGAUAGUGAUUCAGGGAUUCAGUAUGUUGUUGCCAUAAAUGGUAUGGACGUGGGGACUACAAAGCCUUCAAGUGGGCAUGGUUUAGGAAACACGUCCAUCAAUGAAUUGGAUCAGUUCAUUAAUCUCAAUAUUGAUAGCAACCAGCAAAAUUCAAGUAGAGAUGGUUCAAAUUUGUAUAGUGUGAGUGCAUCAACUACUGCUCCUACUGCUAUGGUUUCAGGACCAUUACCGGUGACUCUCUCCAGUGAUAGUACUGCAAAUUUGCAUCCUUACGAUACCCAUGGGAUUCAUCAUGUUCAGGGUUCUGAUUACUCCCUUCCAGCUUCCAAUGAAAGAUUUUAUGACAUUGAGGGCCAGACAUCUAUUCCUUUAUCUGUACCUUCUGGUUAUAGAUAUACUUCUCAGUGCACACCAUACUCGGGAACUACUUCAAUGCAAUCUUUCGACCAACAGAUUUAUCAUGAUAGUAUGAUGGAAGGAUCAAUGAAGGAGGAAAAACAGUCUUUUAGAGUGCCACUUCAAAAGAAUGAACUAGAUUAUUUCCAAUCCCUUGAGAAUAUGAGUGUUCCUGUCAUUCAUCAUGACUCUAGUACAAACUAUAUGAAUUCGGAUGUCCCAGUUUUAACUUCCAUUCAAGAAGGCCUAAAAUCUUCUCUUCAACCAAGUGACAGUGCAAAGAGCCUAGAGACUUAUACAGCGUCAAAAGCUAUGUCCACCGCUCAAGAUUCAGAGUGUAAUGAAGAUGAUCGCCACUCUAGUGGAGCUUUUGCAUCUGGCUGCUCUGACUUUCAAGUUGGCGUGAUGGACCACAGUAAUAAGAAUCCUCCACCUCACCCUGGAAGGGUCUUUCAUUCUGAGCGCAUACCUAGGGAGCAGGCAGGGUCGCUGAACCGGUUAUCUAAAUCUGAUGAUUCACUUAAUUCUCAAUUUCUAAUUCUUCAAUCACAGUCAGGUGUGGGAAAUGAGUCCAUUGCAGAAGCUUCUGAUCCUGCAAGUGAGGGAAACGAAAAAACAAAUUUAGCUGUGCAGGAAAUUAAUUUGAAUGAUCCAGCUACUGCGGAUAGUGUCAUACCUGAGAAAGAAUGUGCCAGUACUGUACAACAGACUAACACAUUUAGUGGACAACUGCUUGGUGAAAAGAGGUCGUCAACUGACACCAGUACAAGAAAUGCAGAGAAAAAUAUGCAUACAGCUGACAAUGUUGUAGCUAAAUGUGAUCUUAAUGAGGCAACUGGUGAUGGCAUAGAAACAGUCAAUCAGCUGGGAGAUCAUUCUGCUGUGCCAAAUCAUGUUAGCUGGGAUGCCCUCAAUCCUGCAAUCCCAGCUGAUGUUGGUUGUGAUCCUUUUGUGCCCUCCACCAGUUCUGUAGAUGAUUCUCACAAGGAACCAAUUAUCCCUAAAAAUAUUAAUAAGGACAUUAUUGGUGGUAUGGGUGAGAGGACCUCCCCUGACAUUCUUUCUGAUUUCUUUGCCAACACUGCAGCACAAUCAUUAAGCCCUUUCAAUGAUCCUGUACUUAGCUUGAACAUGCCUAACUAUGAACCUCAGAGAUGGUCAUUCUUCAGAAACCUUGCACAAAAUGAAUUUGAACAUAAAAAUAAGGAGCAAGACCUGGCAAAGAUCGAGGAGGGAGCUUAUCCUUUAGCACAUUUUGAGCAUGAUGUAGUUAACAUGAAGAAUGUGGCUCCUCAGAGUGAUGCUCAUGUGGAAACAUAUCCAGUGUCUUCUGGCAUCGAUCUUGAUUCUAGUAUUUUGCCUCCAGGUUUCAUCUCAUCGCAGGACAACCCACCUAUGACGAAGAAUGUUGAAGGGUUUCAGGUUGACAAUCCUUAUACUAAUAUGCAUGAGAUGAUGCCAUCUGUUCCUGAGUUUGAGGAGCCAAAGUUUGAAGAGGGAAAAGCUGUUGGGCCAGUCAUGGAUGCCUCUUUUAAAGAUAAUAAUUUUGAAUACUUGCAGAUUAUCAAAAAUGAAGACCUUGAAGAACUUAGGGAGCUUGGUUCUGGAACAUUCGGCACUGUGUACCAUGGAAAAUGGAGGGGAAGUGAUGUGGCUAUCAAGAGAAUAAAGAAAAGUUGUUUUACAGGACGAUCUUCAGAGCUAGAAAGACUGGCAAAUGAAUUCUGGCGGGAAGCUGAAAUUCUCUCUAAGCUUCACCAUCCAAAUGUUGUAGCGUUUUAUGGUGUUGUGAAAGAUGGGCCAGGUGGUACCUUGGCAACCGUAACUGAGUUCAUGGUUAAUGGUUCUCUUCGGCAUGUAUUGCAGCGCAAGGACAAGUACCUUGAUCGUCGUAAGCGGCUCAUCAUAGCGAUGGAUGCAGCAUUUGGGCUGGAGUAUCUGCACUCCAAAAAUAUUGUGCACUUUGAUCUAAAAUGUGAUAAUUUGCUGGUGAAUCUUAAAGAUCAAUCUCGUCCUAUAUGUAAAGUUGGUGAUUUUGGCCUAUCCAAAAUAAAAAGAAACACACUAGUUUCAGGUGGUGUGAGGGGAACUCUCCCGUGGAUGGCCCCAGAAUUACUCAAUGGUAGCAGCAAUAAGGUGUCUGAGAAGGUUGAUGUAUUUUCCUUUGGCAUUGUUAUGUGGGAAAUUCUUACUGGAGAAGAACCCUAUGCCAGUAUGCAUUAUGGCGCAAUUAUCGGGGGGAUUGUAAACAACACAUUGAGACCACCUGUGCCAGCCACAUGUGAUCCAGAGUGGAGAAGACUAAUGGAGCAGUGCUGGGCCCCAGAUCCGUCACAACGGCCAGCAUUCACAGAGAUAGCCGGACGACUCCGUGCCAUGUCAGUUGCUGCAAAUCAGGCGAAGGCGGCUUCCAAAUAAACGACUCAGGCUAUUGGUUUUCUUUGUUUGCUCUCCAUCCACCUUAUUUGACACCAAAAAUGAAAAGAAAAGAGAUUCAAACUGACAGUUGCCAUUAGUUUUGAGACAUUGUUUGAGUUGACAAUGGUGUCUUCCCAAAAAUAAUGUAUUGAGAUUGGCUAUAAUCAUCGAUGCAGUUUUUUUAUUUCUUCUAUAAAAAGUCAACAUUGUAUGGCACGCACACCCUUUUUUUAAGAGAUUAACCGGUGUUCUUUUGCAAACCGAGGUG